AUAAAAUAAUGUUUCACCCUAUUGACGAAAUCACUUUCAAGGUCAAGCGAAGAACAAUACACCGUGUGUGUAAUAAACUGGUGCAUUAGUUAAACAAAUGUGCUCGUAACCCAACGAUUACUGUUUCGCAACAUUUUAUUAAACAAUCAAUUGAAUAAAACAAGUGGAAUAUAAUUAACACGAAAAAAGAAAGACCUUUAGGGAUUAAUACCUCUUUUAUCAGUUGAGUAACAACAGACUGUAUAUUUCAAUUCCAUUCCCAUGACACAAUAAACCAACCAACAACUUUGGGUGUUAUGAAAUAAAUUUCUUUAAAACAAGAAUUACACAAUUUGUAGUAAAUCACAUUCACAAACUGCACUCACUUUCAAUGAUGUACAGUGUAUAGAAAAAGGUGGUUUUAUUUGUGCACCAUAUCGAUUGAUCUUGUUCAAUGUGUACUAUUCACUUCAGAGUUUUGUUAUUCAUAAGUUUGUUCAAUCAUUUACAACAUUUUAUCCAUUCAAAUCGAAUCUCAUCAAAAUCGCUGCCUGUUGGCAAUGAUUUACAAAAUGUCAGUAUUUUAACUACUAGUCAUAAGAACUCCUUGGACAAAUCAAAUAUUUCUAACUACUUAUGGUAUUUAUUUCAAAAUCGAAAUACCGAUUCACGUCGAUUGCAAAAACCCAUUUUGUAUUAUACGCCAACGCCAAAUUCAAACAAUGAAAUCGACAACGUCACAUCGAUCCGAUUCAAUAGAUCGGAUAUGUUCAGUGGUCAGAAACCGUUACAUCGCUACAAUAAUAAUAAUAAUCAUUUACAAACAUCUGGGAAUGUAAAUAUUUUUCGACGAUUAAAAGAUGACCAGCUUCCUGUGAAAGCAGAGAUUAAUUCAAAUUUCCGAACAUUGAAUCAACUACUUCAAACUAGUCAAUUGUCAAUAGUCCCUAGUAAAAUUCCAUCCAUACCGAAUGAACGACCAUUUCAUCAUGAUCAAGUUUUAUUGAGUUAUAAUGAAAUGAUUCGUUUAUUGGGUGUGCAGAAUUUCAACAGUGACUUCAUGUCAUUCAAUAAACCAUGGGAGGCUGUAAUUUUUCCAACUGGUCGACUAAUUUAUUCAGCAUUGAUGAAACCUGACAAGAAUUCAUUUGAUGAACCAAUGACAUCUUUGCAUCGAAAUCGACGAUCACGUAAAUUGAAACCGAAUAACCAGGAGGAAUUUAUAAAUAUUUAUGGUCAGUAUAAAAGGUCACGAAGAAGACCGAAUCAUGUAGGUUCGACUCAGUCAAAUAAACUUUUUCGAAAUAUCAUGCAUCGAUUAAAAUUGAUACAAAAUUUAAAAAAUGACGAUCAAUCAUUAUUACAUGAGAAACUAUUACAUUUUCGAUCGAAUCAACGACGUUUUAAAAAGAAUCGCCAAUUGAAGCGUAUACUGCGAGAAUUUGUCAAUGAUUACAAUAGUUGCCCAUUAUACUAUGUGUGGUAUGAUUUAGGAUCGAAAUUUUGGCCAAGAUGGAUUAAAACUAGUCAAUGUGUUAAUUUGGGCAAUAUUUCUUGUUCCCUACCUCCUGGUAUGUUUUGUCAUGAGAAACGUAUUGAGACUAUAGCUAUCCUACGUUAUAUAUGCCCGGAAAAAUGGCCACUAUCCAAAUGUAACUGGUAUAGGAUACGUUUGCCAAUUGUCACUGAAUGCAGUUGUCAAUGUACAAAUCACAUAAUAGAUAGAAA